GCGCAAUGCUCAGUCAACAAGUGAUUGCUAGGUAUGCCACGAUGCAAAACUCGUUUCAGAGUAAUACCCAGGCUUUACAUUUGUGGGACUAUGACUUGAUAUUAGAGAAGAUCGGUUAUGGCAAAACUCAAUGGUUACUUUUAAUCAUUAGUGGUUUACUGACGAUUACGUCUGUGGCUGCUCAACAAUCCAUGAGUAUUAUAGCAAUCACAUCGCAAUGUGAAUUUGGAUCAAGUCAAGCUGAAAAAGGUCUGAUGAUGGCUGCGUGUGUUGCUGGACUGUUUUUCUCUACAUAUAUAUGGGGAUACAUCAGCGACGACAUUGGGCGUCGGAAAGUUUUACUUUGCGGUGUUUUCGCCAGCAAUAUAUUACAAUUCGUUCUUAUGUUUGUUACAAACAUUUGGAUAUUUAACAUAAUUAACUUAUUUGUUGGUAUCAGCAUUGGUGGUGUCUCAGCUGCAAUAUAUGCAUAUUUAAGUGAAUUCAAUACACCCAAACAUCGAGCAGUUGCUAUAAAUUAUUCGACAAUGUUCGUCAGUGUGACUGCAAUAUAUGUUCCAGUGACUGCUUGGAUGGUACUGUCGUCUAACUGGUCGCUCAGCUUAGGCGAUUUUGUUUUUCGGCCAUGGCGUUUAAUUAUGCUGAUAAGUCUUCUACCUGGAUUAAUGGGGGGCUUGCUAUUAUUACGCUAUCCAGAAAGCCCGAAGCUUUUAUUAUCGCAAAAUAAAACCAACGAGGCAAUACAAGCUGUUUCUUGGAUUUGUAAAUUUAAUCGAGGCACACCUAUACAGGAUUUGCUAAAUUGUGACGUAUUUCUGCUCAAAUCGGAAGUUGAAUCUGACGAGAAUUCGAUAGAUAAUAUCCCCAGAUGUAUUUUAUCAAAAAUUGCACGUGCAACCGCUCCCCUAUUUCAUAAGCCCCAUGGAUUAUACUUUAUAAUAAGCAACAUCGCUGUAUUUGGGAUGUUUUUCAGCUCAAAUGGUAUGCAGUUUUGGUUUCCAGAAAUCGUAAACCGGUCAUCUGAGGCCUUCAAUGACUCAUCUACUGUUUGCGAAAUAUUAAGCGAGUACAAUACAAAAGCAGAAAAUUUUACACUGGCCUGCUCAGAUCACAUAUCAAACAAAACUUACAUAGACAACAUAAUUGUUGGAGUCGCCUUUUUAAUUGGAUUUUCCAUUCAAGGGACUCUAAUUAACCCGUUAGGCCGUAAGAACGUACUGCUAGCUGCGCUCAUAAUUGCAACGUUUUCUGGCAUUUGUCUUCAUUUUUUUGGGAACCGCACGGCAGUACUUGUACUAUUUUGCCUUUACAUACUUUUGCCGGGACUUUCGAUUUCCAUCAUGCUCGGUGCAAUUGUUGAUCUGGUCCCAACUAAUCUACGUGGAAAAGCUGUUAGCUUUUGCAUGUCCUUGGGACGACUUGGAAUCAUCGCAGCUACAAACUUAAUGGGAUUUAUGUUACAGCCAUACUGUAAUAUAACCUUUGCAAUUUGUAAUUUUAUUCUGUUUGUGUGUGUCGUUCUCGUUAAUAUCAUACCAAUCCAGAGGUCUACAUAGUUGGGACAGUACCAUUAUAUCACGUUAUAUCUACAGAACAAUAAGCUACAGUGUGCGCGAGGCCUAAUAGGUCAAAUUUUCCCCGAGGAUUAUUCAAACAUAUGUAUUCUUGUAAAUACAUAUCUAGUAACCGGAUCGGUUAUACGUAUACAGCGCUCAUCGGUCGGUUGGGAAUCGACGCGUAACAGCUUCAGUUUGAAUUUUUUAGCUAUCUCAUAAGGACCUUUUCUUUAAAAUUUUGUAUACUUUUGAUAUUAAAAACAAGUUUUUAAAACUGUUAU